AUGGACGAGUACUUCCGAGCCCAGCAAAACCCCCGCGGUGACCCCCAGGCCGGAGGCGCUUUCGUCACGCCCCCGCGCAACGGCAGCGGGCCACUGCUUCCACGCCGGUUCACCACCGACUCCGGCCGUGUGCCGACCCUGUCAACCCUCACCACUGUCCCCCGCGUCGCCCCCGAGCCGCCGCAAGACUUUGCUUCGACCUCGUUGGAGAAAAAAAGACUGGAAUAUGAGCGACUCCGCGAGCACAGGCGGCGCUUUGAGGCCGAGAUCCAUAAGCUGGACGCACAACAGCGUCAGGAAGAGAGGGAGCUCCACCAGAUGCAGGAGGAUUUCGCGGCCCGGUACGGCCAUCAGUCGGAGCCGACGACACCCCCCGAAUACCGUGACACCUCCGGUUUCCCCUCGAUCUUCUCCCGACCGAACCGGUAUUCGACCUCGAGCCUGGCUUCGCCCCCGGGCGUUCUCAACCGCAACAGCCGAUCCGGCUCGCUUCUGACUUCGCCGCUCUCCGGCACUCUCCCGUCUCGAUUCCCGUUCGACGAUGGCCCGUCGCGUUCCGUUCCGGGAUCGAGGAGAAACAGUGACGAAGAUGAGAAGGAAGAGGCGGUACGGCAGGACCCCACGAGCCACCGGUCGACCAAUGCGCUCAACCGGUAUUCUAUGCCCGUGACCCGAUCUCGGACCUAUUUGACCGACAUUGGGCUUGAGGACAGCAACAAUACAACCGGCUUUCUAUUUGGAGACGAAGACAAAACCUCGGCAGAGGCCAGGAUCGCUGCCACAGCUCAAGUCAGCGGCACUACCGACUCGUUCUCAUCUAUAUUCCGGCAACAGGCGUAUUCAGGCUUAGUAAGUUUUGACCGUUUCCUAUAUUUUUUCCCACUCGAUAUACUUGGCUAUACCCCACGUUGCCCCCUUCUGGCCGGCUGGGGCAACUUUAUUAACGAGUCUCGCCACACACAGACUAUGUCUACCUUGAGUUCCACCUCGAUCAACGGCUCCGGCUCCAUCGGCUCGCCCGCUGAGAACAACACUGCUAGCAACUCCCGUCCGGCUAAUGUCCGCCACUCGGUUGACGGCCUGAAGUUCUUCCCCGAGACCACGGCGGAUGCUCCGGCCACUUCGGUUGCCACGCCCCCCGCCGCUAACGCGAUGGCUUCUCCGCCGAAGCUGCAUCAGUCAUACUCCGCCAACGACGUGCCCACUGUCAAACCCAACGGCGCCGGUUUGUCUGGCGGCAACGCAAACAACCACGCUCAGCAGCAUUUCCACAAUCACAACGCUAGCAUCGGUCGCAUUCCCGCUGGCGCCAUGCCGGGCCGUCACAACCGUGAGCUCUCGUCGGAUGCCGCUUCGGCCAACGGCCGUGAGAGUGCCAACUACCCGUCCAUCUCGUCGACUUUGCAAGCCAAUGCUCCGGCCUUUGGCCCGACUGCGCACCAGCAGCACCAUCACCAUCCUGCUGCUUCUGCGGCCCCGAACGUGCCCGUUUCUGCUCCCGCGAUCCCGUUUCCGUACUAUCCUGCGAAUCCUGCCUACGCUGCCAUGGGUGGAGCGCCCCCCGCUGCCUACAAUACCCUUCCUAUGCUCAUGCAGAACAUGUCGAUCGCCAACGGCAACCCUCAGGCGAUGUAUCCGCAGCAGAACUACACUGGCUACAACCCGCUCUAUAGCCAAUCCCAGAACUCCCGUGCGCACCAGGACAGCCAGGCGCGUGUCAUCCAGAGUCGUCGCCAGAUGGACAGCGAAGCCAUGGCCCGAUUCAACAAUCUGCCGCUGGAACAGGUCGGCGGCACCAUCUACUCGCUCUGCAAAGACCAGCACGGCUGCCGCUACCUGCAGAAGCAGCUGGAGAACCGCAUCCCGGACCAGAUCCACAUGAUCUGGCUGGAGACCAACCAGCAUGUCAUCGAGCUGAUGACCGACCCGUUCGGCAACUACCUGUGCCAGAAGCUCUUGGAGUACUGCAACGACGAGGAGCGUACCGUGCUAAUCCAGAAUGCGACCUCUAAUAUGGUGACCAUUGCCUUGAACCAGCAUGGUACUCGAGCCCUCCAGAAGAUGAUCGAGCAUGUGACCACGCAGGUUCAAAUCAACUUGAUUGUCGAGGCCCUUCGCAACCAGGUCGUUGAGCUUAUCCAGGACCUCAACGGCAACCACGUCAUCCAAAAGUGCUUGAACAAGCUCAACAGCGCCGAUGCUUCCUUCAUCUUCGAGGCCGUUGGCAAGCACUGCGUCGAAGUUGGUACUCAUCGCCACGGCUGCUGCGUGCUCCAGCGCUGCAUCGACCACGCCGACGGCUCGCAGAAGACCUGGCUGAUCGAGCGCAUCACGGAGCACGCCGUUACGCUGGUCCAAGACCCCUUCGGCAACUACGUCGUGCAGUACAUCAUCGAUCUUAACGAAACGUCCUUCACUGAGCCGCUCGUCAAGCAGUUCCAGGGCCGCAUCGGCAUGCUCUCCAAGCACAAGUUCAGCUCCAACGUCGUCGAGAAGUGCCUGCGCUGCGCCUCGGAUGAGUCUCGCGACAUCAUCGUCACGGAGCUCUUGGGCCAGGGCGAGAUCGAGCGCCUGCUUCGCGACUCGUUCGGCAACUAUGUGAUUCAGACCGCGUUGGACUAUGCGCCCCACAUGUCGAAGCACCGCCUGAUCGAGGCCAUCCGCCCGAUUCUCCCCAACAUCCGCGCGACUCCGUACGGCCGCCGUAUCCAGGCCAAGAUCCAGGCCCACGACACCCGUAGCGGUUCGGGCGCUGCCCCCCAAACGGUCCCGGCCGACCCCGCUGGCGGUCAGAUCUCACUCCGUCCUGCUCACGGCCGUGGCCCCCCCAACGGGAACGCGAUUCUUACGGGCACUGCCUACGCCAACGGCGUCAACGGGAACAACAACCCUGCUGCUAUCAACGGAGCUCCUGCACCCAACUCCAUGUACCCUAGCAGCCAGCAGCGCGGACAGCAGUACCCGCCUCAGUACCCUCCCAUGGGCAACGCUGAGAAUGGCGAGACCCAGUGGGUCUAA